AUAUAAUAAAAUAUUGACAAGUAAUUUUUAAAUGUAUCAAUGAAAUGUUAAUAAAAUAUUAUUUAUUGUCUGAUUUAAAAUCUAUUAAAAAUUAUAUUUACUUUUAUUCGCUAGAUGUUUAAGAUUGCUAUAAAGUUUCGUUUACAUGUACAUCAUGUCGUCUAACCUAUUGCAGCGUCUUAUUCAUUGUUGUUCAUUAUUUUAUAAUUAUUUAUAAACCAAAUUGAGAGAUAACUUUUCUACAAAUUUUUCUUUCUUUGCAAUAAAUUUAUUUAAAGUAUAAUUCAACAAAAUGAAUUAUAAUUAUCUUAAAAAAUAAGAGUGCAUUUUUAAUGCCGGCGAAUAUAUAACCUUACAAACUGCACGUAUUAGAUUAAAUUGUAAAUAUUUUGAAGUGUAUGCUUAUUUCUUUUAAAUAUGGCCAAGCAUCAUCCAGAUUUAAUCUUUUGUCGUAAACAACCGGGUGUUGCCAUUGGUCGUCUCUGUGAAAAAUGUGAUGGUAAAUGUGUUAUUUGUGACUCCUAUGUUAGACCUUGUACUUUAGUUAGAAUAUGCGAUGAAUGUAAUUAUGGAUCAUAUCAAGGACGUUGUGUAAUAUGUGGAGGACCUGGCGUAUCAGAUGCAUAUUACUGUAAAGAGUGCACUAUUCAAGAAAAAGAUAGAGACGGUUGUCCUAAAAUAGUUAAUUUAGGCAGUUCCAAGACGGAUCUCUUCUAUGAAAGGAAAAAAUAUGGAUUUAAAAGAAGAUAAUUUUGUUUUAUUAUAAGUCGUCAGCAAUAUUAUUAAGAAAUAAAUUUUUUUUUAAUAUAUAUUAUGAUGUAAUAAUUUUCCCAAUGAUUUAUAUUAAACAAUAGGACAUGAUAAUAUUUAAAUCACUAAUAAA